UGACACUUUUUGAGUCUGGGGAUUGUUGUGUCUGGUAGCCGCCCUCAAAACCACAAAAACUCCCUGUCCCUCAGGUUUCCCGCUGAUGUCCAGGACAAUGACGGCAUCUUACCAGCCGCGCAGGGCAUCCUCCCGCCGCCUGGAGAGUCCCUUUUCUUGGGGCUUCCUUGGGAUCCUUUUGCUGGCCCUAGAGCUCCUGCUACCCACAUGCUCAGAUGCCUGUGAUGACCUACUAACAUUCCAAUCUAUGAAACCCAAGGGUUAUCCGGAACCCCCUUAUCAUCCAGGGGACACAGUGGAAUAUGAAUGUCGCCCAGGAUACAAGCAUCGUUUUCCUGUUCUUUCCAUCUCUGCUGUUUGCCAGCCUGACGACACAUGGGCACCUCUCCAGGAGGCUUGUACAAAAAAGUCAUGUCCACAGCUAGAAGAACUACUAAAUGGACAAAUAAAGUACAAAAAUGGAAAUCUGGAGUUUGGUACGGAAGCUCAGUAUGGUUGUAAUGAGGGGUAUUCCUUAGUUGGAACAAAAACUCUACAUUGUGAACUCUCUGGAAAUGAUGUGGAAUGGAGUGAUGCUCCACCACAUUGUGAAGAGGUUUGGUGUAAUCCACCUAAACAAAUACCAAAUGGGAGAUUCACCAACAGCCACAAGGAUAUAUUUGAAUAUAAUGAAGAAGUUAUUUAUAGUUGCAAUCCUUCAAAGGGACCAGACGAAUAUUCACUUUUUGGAGAGAGCAGGCUUGUUUGUUCUGGGCUUAACCAAUGGAGCCCUGAUCCUCCUGAGUGUAAAGUGGUCACAUGUGAAUAUCCAGCGCUGGAGAAUGGGAGACUGGUGUCAACACUUGAAAAGGGAAAAUUUCAGUACAAAUCAGAGGUUACGUUCCAAUGCGAGGAGGGAUUUUACCUUGUAGGCAGCCGCACUAUUGUCUGUGGAGCCGACGGUAGUUGGGAGCCUAAGAUCCCAAAAUGUACUGAAGGAGAUUCCAUGCCCAUGAUGAAUCACCAACUAGAGCUGAUGACUGAGAUGGAGGACUCAUUGCUGUGAUUGUUCUUGCAGUAGAUCUUGGUGUUGCAGUAGUUGGCACCUGUGUGUAUAAGUGUCUUCACAU